GAUCCAAUGAGGGCGGAGGAGUAUCGCGAACGAGCACGAAAGUAUGCUCUUGACUUUGUGCAUUACAUGGACCCAGAAGGCCAUGCUAUUCCUUUUGGUAGAAGUUUGACAUAUCGUUUCGCAACUGUGGGCUUCUGGUCUGCCCUAGCUUUCGCUGACGUUGAGCUACCUGACCCAUUGUCGUGGGGCGCGGUGAAGGGAAUGCUUCUGCGUAAUCUGCGUUGGUGGUCCAAACAUCCGGACAUUUUCCAGCCCAACGGCAUGUUGAACAUUGGAUACACGUAUCCGAAUUAUUAUCUGGCUGAGAACUACAACUCUCCAGGUUCGCCAUACUGGUGCAUGCUAGCGUUCGCGCCUCUGGCACUACCCAAGGAGCAUCCAUUCUGGACAUCAAAAGAAGAGCCGCAUCCAUUCAAAUCGUCAUCGUCCGCACUUCCAGAGAUCAAGGCUCUCAAAUACCCUCUGCACAUCAUGGUUCAUAAGGCCGGCCACACAUUCCUACUCUCAUCUGGACAGAAGUGCCAUUACCCGUUGAAGUCCACCCAAGCCAAGUAUGGACACUUCGCCUACAGUGCAUCUUUUGGCUACAGUGUACCAACAGGCGGCUAUACGAUUGAGCAAUAUGUCCCCGAAUCUGCUCUUGCGCUCAGCGACGACGAAGGCGAGAUGUGGAAAAUGCGCCGUGAUGUCGAAAAGGCCGAGCUGAAUACCAGAGACGGCUUGCCGUACUUGUACUCCGAGAUGAGACCCUGGUCAGAUGUGAAGGUCCGCACUUGGCUGCUUCCGCCUACUGAAGAGACGCCUUCUUGGCACCUUCGCGUGCAUCAUGUUCAGUCAGGCAGACGCCUACAAAGCUAUGAGGGCGCGUUUGCCAUCAAGGGAACGGCCAAAGCUACCGGACGCGCACUAGGCGCUCUAUCAUCGUCCUCUUCGAAUGAAGGCACUGAAUCAAGUCAAGCCUCCGCCUUGACGGUAUCGGAGGCUGGAGCUGUUGGUAUCGUUGACUUGAAGGCAUCGAGGACUGGCAAAGUGCUGGAGGUUGACGCUAACUCAAAUCUGAUCGAGGCCCGCACCGUACUGCCGGCUCUGGGCAUGGAUAUUGAACCUGGGAAGGAUGUGUUCUUUGUGACAGCUGUCUUUGCUAUGCCAGCUUCCGAAGGCUGGACAGAGAAGUGGCGUCAGGCUUGGGAGAAAAGGCCAGUCAUUCCUGACUGGAUAGCCGCUGUGAUACAAUAGGAGAGGACAUAGACUAUAUUAGAAGAAUUGAAUCGCCUUGUUCAGAUGUGGCG